CCAGUCGAGGCGGUGGAUAAAAAGUACAGUCCCAUUUCUCCAGGGCUGGUUGCCGUGUAAUAAAAGCGGGGAGGGGAAAAACCUACUGUGUCCUAGAUAAAAGUGGGUAGCCAGUAGCUACGGCGUUUAAUAGAAAAAGCUCGUGAAAGGAAGGAUAAAUAAGAAAUAUCCAAACACCCAAAAAACCCCCUCCCUUCCCUCCCUCCUCCCGUCGAUCCAUUCCCCCAACCCGAAAACCCCUCCCCCUCCUCCUCUGAUACACCUUCACCACCAAAAUGUCACGCAUCUGGACCAAAACCACCUUCCCGCUCAACACGGGCGCCACCAUCCCCGCCAUCGGCCUCGGGACCUGGCAAUCCAAGCCCAACCAGGUGCGCGAGGCCGUACGCGUCGCACUGCAGAAGGGCUACCGCCACAUCGACACGGCGCUGGCAUAUGGCAACGAGGCCGAGGUGGGCCAGGGGAUUCGCGACUCGGGCGUGCCCAGGGAGGAGAUAUGGAUCACGACCAAGCUGGAUAAUACGUGGCAUAAGCGGGUCGAGGAGGGGAUUGAGAGUAGUUUGAAGAGCUUGGGGGUGGAUUAUGUGGAUCUGUAUUUGAUGCACUGGCCCUCCUCAACCGACCCGGACGACCUCUCCAAACACCUCCCGGACUGGGACUUCAUCGCCACCUGGGCCGAGAUGCAGAAACUGCCCGCCUCGGGCCGCGUCAAGAACAUCGGCGUCUCCAACUUUGGCAUCCGCAACCUCGAGAAGCUGCUGUCGGACCCGCGCACCAAGACGGUGCCCGCCGUCAACCAGAUCGAGCUGCACCCCAACUGCCCCUCGCCCAAACUCCUGCAGUACUGCAAGGAGAAAGGGAUUCACUGUACCGCGUACUCGUGCCUGGGCAGCACGGAUUCCCCGCUGGCGAAGGAUCAGACGUUGAAGGCGUUGGCGGAGAAGAAGGGCUGGUCGGCGGCGCAGGUGUUGUUGCUUUGGGGCCUGCAGAGGGGCACGAGCGUCAUUCCCAAGAGUGUGACGCCCGAGCGGAUUGAGGCGAAUUUCGAGCUGGAUGGGAAGAGUCUGAGUGAGGAGGAGAUGAAGCAGUUGGAUAGUCUGCCGGAUCGCUUCAAGGUCUGUGGCGAUGCGUGGUUGCCCAUCAAGGUCUUCUUCGGCGAUGAUGAGUAAAAGCUAGGGGAAGAUAAAAGGGUUACAGGUGAAUAGAUAAAAAGAAGAUUCCCAUUCU